AAGUGUUAAAGAAAAGUUAGGUUUAGUUUAAGCUUUCGUUUGAAACGAGCUUUUAUAGAUUUUGUCUGUGAAAUUAUAAAUUCGUAUAAACUUAGAUUUUUAUUAUUAAAUUAUGAGAGAAUAGAUUUUGAAAAUAUUCGUUAUUUAUUGAAAUGAGAAUUUUAUAAAAAUUCACCUUUUUAUGCGAGUUGUUAAAGUCUCUCGGUGGCCAGUAAAAUUUCCUUAUUUUCUUUUUUCGUCCUUCCAUUGUCUAUUAUUCUAUUCCAUCACGACUUCAAUUUCAGCCAACACUACAGGCAAAAAGGCUUGCAACUCUUUUGUUUUUUGUUGGUAAUGGAAGGGGGGGAAGGCCCCAAAAACAAUAAGAACUAAAAAUUCACAAAUCGCUCUCAACAAAUCUUGAACCAAAUAAUGAAAAAGUUCUUCAGGAGGCAUCAGGAAGAAUCUGAAACCUGAAUCUUGGGUCAUAGCAGAUUUUGCUAUCCUAUAAGCACACUCAUUGGCUUCGCGAUGAAUACGGUGGCAGCUUACUUCCCAUUUCCUGGACCUUUUUCUUCUAAAGCACGUGUGAGACACCAAAAGUAUAAUUUUAUACAGCUGGAUACGUGCGAGUUCCAAACAGUCAAAUAAACAAUUAAAGCAUACUUCUUGGUUCUGUUUUUUUGUUCAUGCUACUUUCCCUUUCUUCAAAAAAGUCAUAUUUUUUUGUUUCUGUUUUCUUUUCCUGCUACUUUCCCUUUCUUGAAACUGUUUAUUUGUUUAGUUGUCUUACUUGUGUUUGCCUUCUCUGCUUGCUCAUUUCAUGGCAAGUCAAUUCUCAAAAUAUCCAGAAUCAGUCCAUGACUUUGCUGUCAAGGAUGCUAAGGGAAAUGAUGUAAAUCUCAGCAUUUUCAAAGGAAAAGUCUUAUUAAUUGUUAAUGUUGCUUCAAAAUGUGGAAUGACCAACUCAAAUUACACGGAGCUGAAUCAGUUAUAUGACGAGUAUAAAGAUAAAGGCCUUGAAAUAUUGGCAUUUCCAUGCAAUCAAUUUGGUGAUGAAGAACCAGGAAGUAAUGAUGAGAUUACAGAGUUUGUCUGCUCUCGCUUUAAAUCAGAAUUUCCUAUCUUUGACAAGAUUGAAGUAAAUGGUGAGAAUUCUUCUUCACUGUACAAGUUCUUAAAGUCAGGAAAAUGGGGAAUUUUUGGUGAUGAUAUUCAGUGGAACUUUGCUAAGUUCCUAGUCAAUAAGGAUGGGCAAGUUGUUGAUCGAUACUACCCAACCACUUCUCCUUUAAGCCUUGAGCAUGACAUUAAGAAGCUUCUAGGAGUCUAAUUAGCUUCUGAGAUGAUACAACCUCAUCGGGCUCUUGGGGGUGUCAAAGAUUAGCGACUUAAUCUCUUCUUGUGCAUGUUGGUGUGCCUUGUGAAGUUUGUAGUGCAGAACGUGAUGAUUGUAUGGGACAUGAAAUAUUGCCCAUGAAAUAUUGCCAAAUGCAGUUUCUGAACACCUCCUUUGUUAUAUGGUUGGAAGAUCAAGCACUUACUUUUUGCCUUUUCCUCUUUUUAGUUUGGCUGUGAAGUUUGAGUUUUGCCUUGGUUACUCUUGGUACCUAUUUUCAUGUAAUCAUGGCAAGCACUGGUACUGAGCCUGCUGUUUUAGAGAUGCCAGUUUAUGGAUACUGUUCUAUGCAACACCUUCUCCAGACGUUGAUCAUGGCAAGCACUAGUGCUGAGCCUGCUGGUGAUAGAGAUGCCAGUUUAUGGAUACUGUUCUAUGCAACACCUUCUCCAGACGUUGCACCAAGUAUAUCCAAUAAUUUGACUUGUGUGUGCAACUAAUAUAGUGGCCAAUACAAGUAACGCUAUGAUUUAAUCUAGAUACGCUUCAAGAUUUAUUUCAGUAAACUGAGUAAUCAUUUUUAUUGUA